CUUUAAAUAUUAAUAAUAAUAAUAAUAAAAACAGAAUAAUUUGCUUGGGGAAACUUCAUAAUCGUUUUCUGGAAUUGUAUGAUAAUUGAUAAACCCACAAAUUUGUGGUGCCUACGUUUCCGAAUCCAGUGCUAAAGAAAAAGGGGAGAAACCCAAAUUCCUGUAUAGUUAUAGAGACAGUUUCCAGUUUGCUCGCUCUACAGUCACGGAGAAGGAGGGAGGCCUUCCCGUGCAACUCGUAAUUUAUUCUUCUCUCUUUCUUUCUUGUGUUAUUUUUGCGUUUAUUCGUCUCUCAACAGCCAACCUUCUACUCCUUGAAAGGAAAAAAAAUCUCUCUUUUGCAACAUGGGCCCUAAUACUAAAAGUUUUCUGUUGUUUAACUUUUGGAUUUUUUAUUCUUUCGCUAGGAGGAUAAAAAUGCUAUUUGGUUCUUCACGUAGGAAGUUGAUUGUGGGUGUUCUUGAAAAUAGCCAAUUUGGAAAUUAAUGUGAUGGGGUUAAAGGAUUCAAGUUGUAAUAAUUGGCAGUUUGGCUUUGUGAAGUGGUGAUUUUGAUGUACCUGUUACCUGCUUGAUCUGGUGAUUAACUGCUUAACACGGUACAAUAAAGAGCAGGCCACGGUCCAUUUAGAGGGAUGAUCAAGUGUACCGGCCAUAUUUUGUCUACUUCUUUAACUCCUGUUCCUUCUCUUGUCCUGAAAAACCAUGGCAGAUUGUUUUCCAACUUAAAUUAUACAAAUUUGACCAAAUCAAGGAAAUUGCAUCGCUACGUUCAGAAGUGCCAGUUUCACAAGGAGAGCAUUAUGGUGGCCACCCGCUAUCCUCCGCCUUGGUUCAGUAUUGCUCCAAUGAUGGACUUAACGGACAACCACUAUAGAACUUUGGCUCGUAUCAUAUCCAAAGAGGCUUGGCUGUAUUCAGAAAUGAUUGCUGCAGAAACUAUUGUUUUUCAGAAGGGGAAUUUGGAUAGAUUCUUGGCAUUUGGUCCAGAGCAACAUCCUAUAGUGCUUCAAAUUGGGGGAAACGAUUUGGAAAACAUUGCUAAAGCAACUCAACUUGCAAAUCCUUAUGGCUAUGAUGAAAUUAAUUUCAACUGUGGUUGUCCAAGUCCAAAGGUUGCUGGAAAAGGUUGUUUCGGGGUGCGUCUAAUGCUUGAUCCAAAGUUUGUUGCUGAUGCCAUGUCAGUAAUUUCUGCAAAUACAAAUGUUCCUGUUAGUGUCAAAUGCAGAAUUGGUGUCGAUGACCAUGAUUCAUAUAAUGAACUCUGUGAUUUCAUAUAUAAGGUCUCAUCUCAAUCACCAACGAGGCAUUUCAUAAUACACUCCAGGAAGGCACUACUUAAUGGAAUCAGCCCCAGAGAAAAUAGAUCAAUUCCACCCUUAAAAUAUGAAUUCUUCUAUGCUCUUCUGCGUGAUUUUCCUGAUUUGCGGUUCACCAUCAAUGGUGGCAUAAACACUAUCGAUGAGGUAAAUGCAGCUCUGAGGGAAGGAGCCCAUGGAGUUAUGGUUGGACGUGCAGCUUAUCAUAAUCCAUGGAAUGUUUUGGGACACGUUGAUAGUGCAAUAUACGGUGCACCUCUUAGCAGUAUAACGAGGCGACAGGUACUUGAAAAGUUCCAGGUUUAUGGAGAUUCAGUCUUGGAACAUACCGAACCCAAACCAAAUCUUCGCGAGAUUACAAAACCUUUGCUUGGUUUUUUCCAUUCAUCGCCCGGAAAUGGUUUGUGGAAGCGCAAAGUUGAUGCUGCUCUACACAACUGCACGACAAUAAAAUCAUUGUUGGAGGAGACGCUGGCUGCCAUCCCGGAUUCAGUCUUGGAUUCACCUAUCACUGAGGCGAGUAUUGGUUUUCCAGAUGUUUUCUCUGCUGCCAAGAAUGUGCUGCCACCCCCGUAUUCGGUUAGAGAGGAAGAGCUCUUGUAUGCCUAGUCGGACCUCCUUUGGUUUGCAGUCGUUACGUUGAACUGCACAAUAUUUUUUGUCACACACUAGAGCUAACACAAAGAGAGAGAGCAGAUCAGCCCCAUGUAGACUGUUUGCUAUCAGAGAAUUUAUUCAUACAUACUUUUACUAGCAUUAGUUGCUUUGUCCACUUGAUUUGAGUGGAUAAUUUGUUUUUGGGAAUAGAGUAAAAAACACCACUUAUGUUUCAACAUAGGAUCAAGUAACCCUUCUAAGGUACAGAUAAUCCCUUAAUGUUUGUAUUUGCUCACAUACUAUUACCAUUUCUAAAUAGCUUUGUGCCGAUAUUUCUU